AUGUCAGCAGAAGCCACAACGUUCGUGGUGGACGUUUCGCCGGCCAUGGAGCGAGAUGGGCAUCUCUCAAAGGUUAUCGCCUAUCUUGAGUACACUCUGUUGGAUAAGUGCAAAAGAGGACGCAAAACUGACUGGAUCAGUUGCUACUUAGCAAACUGUCGUUAUUCCAAAAAUUCACAGUCGAUUUCGAACGUUUAUGAAGCACAGGAAUUUGUUGCUCCUGUUACGUCAACCGAGACGCUCAAGCUUUUAAGAUAUUUGCAGUUUUAUGGUGAGGAGACUUCGGGACCCAGACCUUCCGAUGAUGGAGGUGAGAGUGCCGACAUUGAAUCAGUCGAAUCUAUGGUUCAAUGUUUGCUAGUGUCAUCUUUAGAUAUGAAAGAAAAGUUCAAGACGCGCAAAAUGCUGAGACAAACUGUUGUCUUCACCGCUGAUGUGGAUGGGCUCGAUCUGAAUGAGGACGAGAUUGAUGUAUUAAAAGAGGAAUUCAACUCAAGACUCAUAUUGAUUGAUUGUAGAAAAAAGACAACGACCGACUCGAAGGACAGUGAUAUCGAGGAUAGCAGAUGGGGUACUCUCGUGAAGGCGAUUCCAGGCUCUAUGGUUUUUGACAUUAAUGAUUUGCUUCUGGAAAUAGCUUUGCCCAAACCCGCGGUUGUCAAGCCAGUACGAAUUUUCGCCGGGGAGCUGAGACUUGGUGCAGAGGUAACCGCUAUAGUCCCGUCUAGUGACUGCAAAGGCAUUUCACCUGCCGAUGAUGAACGCUGCUUGUGUAUCAAGGUGGAAGGUUAUCCGGCUACCAAGCGUGUGUCGACGUUGAAUAGGAAACUGGUGUUUAAGGACGAGCAAAAUGGCUCGAAGCAAUGUGAGCCCGUAAAGUCUGUGAUAGAGUAUGAGGUUCACGAUGAUAAAGCAGACAAACGAUUCACGGUUGCUCAGCAAUCCAUAGCUAAGGCGUACCGGUAUGGCUCAGACUAUGUCGUCCUGCCGUCGACCCUCGACGAACAAAGAUACUAUAGGACAUCUCCCGGCAUAGACAUAAGAGGUUUUCUAGAUCGGACGCGACUGCCCCGAUAUAUGCUGAAUUCUGAGUCCCGGUUCAUUCUGCCAGAUACCAGAUCUGGAUCAACCGCUGACAUGGCCACUUUCAGCGCGCUUGUUGAUACCAUGCUAGAGCAUGACAAGGUAUGCAUCGUUCGCUACGUUGCAAAGUGCGAUUCUGAAGUCGAAAUGUGUAUGCUAUGUCCACUUAUAAUGCGCGAUGAGCACGAUGAAAAGGUUCGUACAUUGAUAUUGAACAGGUUACCAUUUGCAGAGGAUGAAAGAGUGGCUAGCUUCCCGAGGCUCACGAAUAGAACCACUACUUCUGGUAAGAAAAUAGAAGACAAUCAGGAAGCAGAAAAUUCCAGGAUUGAUGCUCUGAUAUCCAAUUACAUCGAUUCUCUUGACAUGGAUUCUCCUGUCAAGCAGGACACCGACCUGGCUAGUCACUACUAUUUGCCUCUGGGGCAAGCCACUAAGGACAGCACCUUACCGUUGCCCGGUGGCGAAGAGGAAAACAUUCUCCUAAGAGGUAGCAACCCCUUCAGGGUGCCGGCCAUCCAUUUGCACAGGCAAAAGCAGGUCUUACUUGAAUGGAUCCACCAGAAGUUGGUAAUUGGGUCCGAUGAACUUCAGAUGCCGGAAAUGCCCGAUGUUCUGAGAGAAAAAAUACAACCCCAUUACAACGACAGGAGAGAUGAGGCAGGUAUGGCAGAAUUAGUAAAGCUGCUGAACCUAAAGCAGACUGAGAAGAAGUUUAUAGCCGCUGACGAGCAAUAUGAUCUACAAGAUGAAGCAGCAGAAAACAUACCAUCCCUAGAGUCCAUCCUAGCGCUUGGAGAACGGUAG